UAGAAUACUGUGGAACCAGUUAACGGCAAACGUGCCAACACGGCGGUUCGUGCCAUUAACUGAAUUGAAAAAAUAAAAAAGGAGGAGUUUUUAUAGCUGAGUUUCGUGGCAAUUUUCAGAAAAGGCAAGAUCUUGGACGGAUCACAUAUUCCCUAAAUUCUCCAGAUUCUCAAUCUCCCCUUCGCUCGACUGAAUUAUUUGUCUUUUCUACGCAAUCUCAAAAACCUUGUGUCAGCCGACUGCCGUUGUGGUGGAAAUUUGAUGCCGGCAGCCGAAUAGAGGGGCGCUUAAGCUUUUGCUCGAUCGGGCCAAGGAUUCACUCAGCUUCUCAGUGGUGAAAUAGUUCUGUUAGUGCUGAUCAAAGUUAUGACGACUCUUUGUCUGGACGGUCAAGAUUUGCCUGAUUUUUCAGUAGAUCAGUGUGGCGUGUUUAGCAAUGAAGGACAGGGAAUUAUGUCUGAAUCUAUUCAGAAACAUGCUAAUGAAGCCGAGUCAGUUCAGAAAUCCGAUUCUCUGAGUUUCUGCAAAAACCGGAAAGUUGGAACUCAUUCAAGCAGCUCUAUCAAUAAACAUGCCCCCGAAGAGCUGUUACUUUUAACUUCAGAGAACUCUACUUUACCAGCUGCUAGGGAUGCUGAUGCUUGGUUAGCUCCAGGAAAAAUAGUCUGGUUUAAAGAUAUUCAUCAUGGCUGGUGGCCAGCAGAAGUGAUGGACACAGAAGUUUUGAAAGACAAUGAUUGUGAACUUACUGCAAGAGCUUUGGUGCAGCUUUUGGAAAUCCACAAAAGAGCAUGGGUAAAUGCAUCAGAUCUUUCUCAGUUUCCUAAUAACACCUGCGUGCAGUACUUUGAGGAAAGGAGCAAAAAUCCUUCAGAAGUUUUCCAAAUUGCCCUGAAGCAGGCUUUGUCCAAACUUGAGAGUAUAAGCCUUGGAACAUCACAAGAUGGAUUUGCUGUUGAGUUAAGGAGCCCAACUCAAACUGAUAAGUCGCCUGAUGCAUCAAAAACCUCCAUUUCCAGCAGCAGCAGCAAGGAUGAUCAUGAUGAAGAGGGAGGGAGGGGCAAAAGGAAAAGAAAAACAAAGAUUCAUUUUGAUGAGAUGGCUGUUGCAGAUAAUCCAGCAAGAAAACUUCGCCGCAUGAAGAUAAUGAGGCAAUUAGGCCUUGCAGCUCCUGUUGGAUCUCCCUUCUCUACCACACAUAGAAGCUCUUAAACAUAUCUUAUAACAGCAUUUUGAGAAAUGUUCUUUUCUUCCUUUUUAGUUUUGAGGUAGAUUUGCAUAUCUACCACCUAAUUCCUAUGUAUUAACUUGUCAAACUUCCAAACUUCAAUUUUUACCUACAGGCCUCCCAACUUUUGCUGAAACAAAGAAAUCAGGCCGUAUGUCCAUAAAAAUAGAAGUUUUGAGGAGUUGAUAUCUUAAUACAUAGGAAUUGGUUGGUACUUAUGUAAAUCCCCUGUUCUUUUAUUCCAUAGGACUGAAACUUUUGUGCAAUCAGUAAAGCAAUUAUUUAAUUUGCAGACCAGAUAGGAAAAGGAGUUUUCAGCAUGAAAUACUGCACCUACUUUGUCUCACGUUCAUAAAAAAAGGAGACAUUUA